AUGGGCUCCUCGUUUUCGAAGCUGUUCAGCAGCCUGUUUGGCCAUAAAGAAAUGCGUAUUUUGAUGGUGGGUCUUGACGGUGCUGGUAAGACCACCGUGCUAUACAAGCUUAAAUUGGGUGAGGUAGUCACGACAAUCCCAACCAUUGGUUUCAACGUCGAAACUGUCGAAUACAAGAACAUUUCGUUCACCGUGUGGGACGUGGGUGGACAGGACAAGAUCAGACCUUUGUGGAGACACUAUUUCAGAAACACGGAAGGUAUCAUUUUCGUGGUCGACUCCAAUGACAGAUCGCGUAUUUCGGAGGCCAGAGAGGUCUUGCAGAGAAUGUUGAACGAAGACGAGAUCAGAAACGCUGUUCUUUUGGUCUUUGCCAACAAACAAGAUUUGCCAGAGGCUAUGUCUGCUGCGGAAAUUACCGAGAAACUCGGUCUACACUCCAUCAGACAGCGUCCAUGGUUCAUCCAGGCCACCUGUGCCACUUCUGGUGAGGGUUUGUACGAGGGUCUAGAGUGGUUGAGCAACAACCUAAAAAACCAAUCAUAA